UGGAUUGCGCUUGCGUAGCCAGACGUGGCAGCGGCAUCAUGGCUUCUUGGAACCGAUACGGGAGUCGUAGGAGACUGAUCGAAAUGUUCUUAUUCCUGUCAUUGGUUGCAGUGUCAUCCGCCCUGCAGGCAGCGAAGGUGUCUCCGCUCAUAGAGAAAGUCAGUGAUCACAAGGAUUUCAAGAAACUUCUGAGGACCAGAACUAAUGUGCUUGUCUUGUAUACCAAGUCAGCUUCGUCUGGAGGUGCUCAACUAAAGCUGCUGUCUGAUGUGGCUCAGGCUGUGAAAGGUCAGGGUACCAUCGCCUGGGUAAACUGUGGGGAUUCAGAAGGACGCAAACUCUGUAAAAAAGUCAAGGUAGACCCCAGCUCGAAAACCAAUGGAGUCGAGGUCUUGCAUUAUAAGGAUGGGACCUUCCACACAGAAUACAACAGACCAGCCACAUUUAAGUCCAUGGUGGCUUUCCUGAAAGACCCUGCAGGUGCCCCCCUGUGGGAGGAGAACCCUGAGGCUAAAGAUGUUGUUCACAUUGAGUCAGAGAAGGACUUCCGUAAGCUGCUGAAAAGAGAGGAGCGGCCCAUCCUCAUGAUGUUUUACGCCCCAUGGUGUGGUGUAUGUAAAAGGAUGCAGCCGAUUUUCCAGCAAGCAGCCACUGAGACAAAAGGGAAAUUUGUGUUGGCUGGGAUGAACGUGCACCCGGCGGAGUUUGACGGGCUCAAACAGGAGUUCAGCGUCAAGGGCUACCCAACCUUCUGCUACUUUGAGAAGGGGAAAUUCUUGCAUCACUAUGAGAAUUAUGGAGCCACCUCUAAAGACAUCACUGAUUGGUUGAAAAACCCCCAGCCGCCACAGCCUAAAACUCCAGAGGUGCCCUGGUCUGAGUCCGGCUCGGCGGUCUUCCAUCUGACCGAUGAGUCUUUUGACACAUUUCUGGAGGAGCAUCCUUCAGCCCUGGUCAUGUUCUACGCUCCCUGGUGUGGCCACUGUAAGAAGAUGAAGCCAGAGUAUGACGAAGCUGCUGAGAUCCUCAAUAAAGAGCCAGAUAGCCCAGGUGUAUUGGCAGCAGUGGAUGCCACCAUUCACAAGUCCAUCGGAGAGCGGUUCAAAAUCUCAGGCUUCCCAACAGUGAAGUACUUUGAAAAGGGGGAGGAAAAGUACACACUUCCUCAACUACGGAGCAAAGACAAGAUCAUCGAGUGGCUGCAGAAUCCCCAGGCCCCACCUCCUCCAGAGAAGUCGUGGGAUGAGAUGCCGUCCAGCGUGAGCCACCUGGGAGCCGAAGAUUUCAGGGAAUUUCUGAAAAAGAAAAAACACGCCUUGGUCAUGUUCUAUGCUCCAUGGUGUCCGCACUGCAAGAACGCCGUCCCUCAUUUCACCACAGCAGCUGAGCUGUUCAAAGAAGACCGCAAGAUUGCAUAUGCUGCAGUGGACUGCACAAAGGGACAAAACCAUGAGUUGUGUAAACAGGAGGGAGUUGAGGGCUACCCAACAUUCAACUAUUACAACUAUGGGAAGUUCAGCGAGAAAUACAACGGGGAAAGAGGGGAAGCUGGCUUUACUGGUUUCAUGAGAAAUCUCAGGGGCCGAGACCAAGAGAAAGUGGGCAAGCGGAAGGAGGAGCUCUAAUAGAGUGGGCGUGGUUCCUAUAAAUGGGAGGGGCCUAUCAUUGCACUGUGACUUAGGCAGGGACAUCCCAGCACUGAUGCCACAGACUUGAAACCUCAGCUAAAAAGGCAAUUUUUUUUAUAUAGCUGUGCCCUUAUGUUUGUAAUACCAAUGUACAACUAUCAGACCACUUUUUGUUUUGUUUUCGUUUUAAUUUCCUCAGACAUUUUG